GGUCAGUGAGUGACAAAAUAAUGUAUUGAGUUAAUUGUUGCCUUUUAUCCGCAAAGAUGAGUGUCAACUUUGUAGAUUAUUUCGCCAACGAGCAUAAUGGAUACGAUAUUUUAUAUCAAAACAUGAAAUACGGACUUAUAGCCAGUAAGGAACUCUCAGAGUAUCUCAGAGAAAGAUCGAAUAUUGAAGAAUCGAAUUCGAAACUUCUCGCCAAACUUGCUAAACAGGCUAACAGUAAUUGUGCACAGGGAACUUUUGCGCCAUUCUGGGGUGUAUUGAAAUGUUCCGCUGAGAAACUUUCUAAUCUUCAUCAGCAUAUGUUCCAAAAAGUUAGUGAACUUGUCAAAGAUGUUGCCCGAUAUGCUGAUGAUCUACAUAAAAAGCAUAAGGCUGUAAAAGAUUCUGAAUCUAGUACUCUAGAAGUAGUAUUACUUAUACAGAACACAAAACAAGCUCUGCAGAAGGCUAAAGAUGUGUACACAACAAAAUCUACUGAAUUGGAAAAGCUAAGAAAAGAAAAUGCCUCUGUUAAAGAUAUAGAGAAGGCUGAAAUUAAAAUUAAAAAGUUACAUGAGGAUUAUAGGCAGUUGGCUGAAAAAUAUAACCUGGUGAAACAGGAUUUUGAGAAGAAAAUGACACAAACCUGUAAACACUUUCAGGAUGUUGAAGAAGCCCACUUGAAGCAAAUGAAACAGUUUGUUAAUGUAUAUGCUGAUAUCAUUCAAAACAAUCAUGACCUUAUGGGGCAAGUGCAUAGGGAUUUUAAACACCAGUGCUUGGAACUAACUGUUGAAAAACUUCUAGAACAGUUUCUUGUUGACAAGUACAAUGCAUUAGAGAAGGCAAACCUUGUUGAGUUACCCCCGUCAUUACCAAAGCCUGGAUCAGCUAAUAAUUCAAUAUCAGAAGCUGACCAAAUAUCUACAGUGUCUAAUGGCUCACAUAAGCCAGUACAGCCAGCUAAAGCUCCUAAAAAGGAACCAUCUUUUGCCACAAAGACAUCAAGAAGGACCACUUCUCUUCUCAAUUUGUUUACACCAAACUUCCAGAGUAAAGAUGAGCCUAGUGUCAGUAUUGAAGGAGUGGCGCCGUGUUCGGCUCCAUCCAGCCCAAGUGGAACACCUGCUACACCUGUGGCUCCAGAAAAAGACGACAACAUGAAUCGUACUACACUUCGUGAAUCCAAAUGGUUCCUACGUAGUAGAAGAACUAAGACUAAACUUAAAAAAUCUAAAAAGAAAAAAGAUGAAAUUUCAGAAAAUUCGAACGCAGGUGAUAAGUCAGACCUGGACGAAAAGGAAGAGGAGGCUCCCACUAAAGAGGACUUAAUGCAUUCUCCAGAAGUUGACGACGAAGGUUUUCGUAUUAGACCAAAAGAUGAGAAGGGGAGUGUGUACUCUUCUACAGACUCAGAUUCAGAAGAAGAAAGAGAACAAAAAAUCCAUGUAGAAAUAAAACCUAUAAGCAAUGGCAGCGCUCCCAUGUCAGCUAGCGUAGAUGAGUUGAGAGCUACAGUAGAGAAUAUAAGAUAUAAAAUAGGAACAACACGAAGAGGUUCAAAUAUUAAUGCAAGCAAAGCUAGUAAUGAAUCAAACAAUCUUAUUGACAUCUUUCAGAGUCCUAACGCUAGUAACCCUGCCUCACCACAUGGUAAUGUCUCGAAUCCCUAUGCACCAUUACAAGGCAACCAAUCCCAUGUACUAGAAAGUCCAACUCCCGUGUCUGCAGCCGAUGUCGGCGAUCUAUUUUCUGAAGUUGGCGAAAUGAUACAAACUAAUUUUAGAACGUCUACUCCAACCAUAUCCACAAUAUCAUUGCCCCGACCGCCGUCUAGACGGUCUGAGGGUGAUUUCCGUACUGCUGGUUCUUCUGGAUCCCGUGGUCCAUCGCCGCUCACUAUAGGCAUGGCAGAUACCAUUCCUCUGGCAGUCGCAUUUCAUGAAAUCAUACACUCCUAUUUCCGUGGAACAGAGGAAAGUCGAUGUCAAGUAAAAAUGUCGGGCGAUAUGAUGCUUUCUUUUCCUACUGGAAUUGUAGGGGUCCUCGCAAACAAUCCCAAUCCGGCAAAGCUUUGCUUUAGACUUAAAAACAUACAUCGACUGGACAACGUGCUGCCAAAUAAACAGCUUAUAAGCAUUAAUGCAAUGAUGUCAACUCGCGACACUACUGUGGUGGAGUUCAAUAUGUCCGCGUUGACUUCUCUUUUAAAAAGACAAUCCGAGAAGAAUCCGACAGCUCAAUAUUUCAAUGUCGAUAUAUUGAAGUAUCAGGUUAGACCAAAGGCCGGGGCUGCGUCUUGUCCUUUGCAAAUGGUAUCCUAUUGGAAAUGCGAGAAAGAUCACACAGAUCUAAAAGUCGAUUACAAGUUCAAUCUCCACGCCAUGAGUCCCCCCUCUCCCUUGCUUAACGUUUCUGUAUUUGUACCAAUGAAUGGAUCUGUGAAAAAUGUCAUUGCUAUGCCAAAAAAUACUUGGAACUCGGAGAUUGAGCAAGCUCUGUGGCGAUUCACAGAGCUUUCUCAGCACUCUGAAGACAGAGGAGUCGGUUCACUCAGGGCGCGUUUCGAGUUACUUAAUGGGCCGUCUACAAAGACAACAAUAUCCGCCCAGUUCAACUGUGAAGGUGCGACCCUGUCCGGUAUUGAGUUUGAGCUGAUCGGGAGCGGAUAUCGUCUCUCCCUGGUGAAACGCCGCUUUGUUUCUGGAAAAUAUAUUUGUGAUAGUGAGGUGCACUGAUUGGUCCAAUUAUAUCUUAUGAGUCAUGCAUUUUGUAUGUGAGACAUAGUUUUGGAUAAAGUAAAUUGUUAACAUGUAUAUGUCUGGUACCUUAUAGGACUGUUUCCUGUCCACACUAAACUGCAGUGAAUUCAUGGAAUGUCAAUUUGAUGUAUUUUUUGGUUUUAUAUUGUUUUCAAACGUGGAACAAAUAUUAACGGUUUACAAUGUAAAUGUAUCCUCAGUCGCACUAACAUAUGAGAGAAUAUAGAUGUGCCAUUUUUCCCUAUUAACAGAUAGUCUAUAACAGAUAUUAUUUAAAACAUACAUAAAAUCCAUAGAUUAUAAAUAUUUUAAGUAAACGGAUCAGUUUAAAACUGGUACUGUCAUCACAACAGUUCUGAUGCAAUAAUUAUUAACAGAGUUAGCCAUACAACACCAACAUACAAAGCUUUAAUGAUACCAUAAUUUUGUUUGUGUCAAUAUUAUUGCUGAUUACUGCAAUAUAUACUAACUAAUAUAUACAUUUAUUUAAAAACUUAUUAUCAAUCUUUUUCGGUAUUUGAAUCAUUAUUCCCAUAAAUUAUAAACAUAUCCUACUUUCCACACACAUCACUAUGCAACAUGUGUUGCCUGCUUCUAUUAUUUUACCCCGAAUUCAACAACAAUAUUUUUUUUUUUUUCACAAAUGGUUCAAUAUGAUGCAAUUUGAUUGAAUUGAAUUUAUUUGAAUCUCCUGGAAUUAGAAUAUCUUAGUUUAUUUCUUAAUAUUUAAAAUCGUUUUAUUCCUUUAUAUAACACUAUAACAUAUUUUUGUAUUGUUUCCGGCACUUACCACCGGUGGGUUAUUAUUAUUUUUGUUUCGAUUGUUGCUAAGUGUUAGUUUUUGUGUUUUAAUGUUUAAAUGUUAGAUAUAGUUCAUAUUCAUAUAUAUUAUUACUCGAUUGUAAUCUCAUUUUGAUCAUUUCUCAUUUUCUAAUUUGUUCUUGUAUUUAUGAUUUAUGUGCACACGGCCUAAAUUUAACAGUUAUGUUGCUUUGUUAAAAAAAAAAAAAAAAAAACUUUACCAAAAGUGAAGUGUUCAAUAUUUUUAAAUAGUUUAAUACAUUAGUACAACUGAACCAUUCCAUUAUUAUUAUAAUAUUUAAUAUUCUUAAGUUAUUCGUUCAUUACAUCCAGGAUUUGAAUUAUAUACAAUUUUUUUUUUUUUUGUAAUAUCUUGAAAGCAAUCGUUUGAAUAAACAAUUCGAUUAUAUAUCUCCUAGCGUAAUAUUUUUGUACUGAAAUUUGCGCUGUAAUAACUAAAUGUAUGUAUUGUAUGGAAUUAAAUGUAACUAAGAAUUUUA